UUCAAUCUAUGGCUCGAAUGCAAGAUUUCCAAUUUGACAUAUUUGAUUUCACCAAUUUGAAAUUUUUAAAUUAGAUAUUAAAUCACCAUUCCGGGGUAGAAAAUUAUCCGCUCAAUAUGAAUCGUCCUCCGCCAAAUUAUGUUACAGGAACAAAUUGUGUGGUUGAUGAGGAUCAUCAAUAUACGGUUCCGAUAAAAAUGAUCAAAACUCAGAUUGAUAUGCCAUUAUGGGAGAAGUCUGAAGCAUAUUUGGAAUAUUUAGGUUUCGUACUUGCCAUAAACCAAGCUAUUGAGGGAAAGAGUAAUGAUGAAGGCAGUAAAAAUUGCUCAGAACAAGUUAAUAAUAUUGAUAUAAUGCUCGAUAACAUCAGUAGAUUGAUUGAUGAAACUCCUCCUAUUGAUCAACCUCAAAGAUUCGGCAACCAGGCUUUCAGAACAUUCUAUCAAAAACUCAAGGAUGAUCUCUUCAACCUCCUCCAAAAAGCACUCCCUGAAAGAUUAUAUAGAUCUGUACCAGAAAUAAUGGUGUACUUACUAGAAGGGUUUGGAAAUUCCACUAGAAUUGAUUAUGGAACUGGUCAUGAAAUUUCCUUCGUCAUGUUUUUAUGUUGCCUCUUCAAAAUAGGAUUCUUUACUGAUACAGAUAAAGUAUCUACUGGAUGCAAAUUAUUUACUAAGUACCUUGAUAUUUGCAGGAAGUUACAGCAGACCUAUAGAAUGGAACCAGCAGGUAGCCAUGGGGUGUGGAGCUUAGAUGACUAUCAGUUUGUACCAUUUAUUUGGGGCAGUUCACAAUUGAUUGGACAUCCUAAAAUUGAGCCUCCUGCAUUCCUGAAAAAAAACAUCGUUGACCAAUAUGCUGACCAAUAUAUGUUCUUGGCUUGUAUCAGAUAUAUAAAUCAAGUUAAGACAGGUCCAUUCUCAGAGCAUUCAAAUCAACUUUGGAAUGUAAGUGGAGUUCCAUCUUGGAAUAGAGUGAAUGGAGGACUAGUCAAAAUGUACAAGGCAGAGGUUUUGGCAAAGUUUCCAGUUGUUCAGCAUAUUGUGUUUGGUACACUUCUACCUUUGUCAGUGGCAGACCCAAACGCAGCAGUCAGGAAAAUGAAGAGCACCCUAGCUCUUGCACCCAAAGAGAUUGAUCAGCUUGUGUUCCAACCUCCAAAGACUCCAAGUGGUGAUCAAGCAUCCAAUGAAGAGGAGGAAGAGGAGACAGAAAGUAUUAAGUCAGAGGAGGCUCCAAGCUCUCCUGUGCAGCGAAUCAAAUUUGCAUCAUCUUCUAGUGUGAUGUCUAAAGCAUCCACAACUCCAGCAAAGGAUACUAAGAAGGGAAUACAUUUCAAAGAAACUUAAUUCAGUGGAUAUUUUACUUGUAUAAUACAUUUGAUUUUUAUGGAUUUUAUUUAAUAAAAUAUUGAUGUUUCAA